AUGCAAGAUCUGAUUCAUAGAUUACGAACGAAUAUGAAGCCAGUAAGAUUAGUUGUGAUUGAUUACGCUGGUCUCUCCACGGAUUUCGAGGAUAUUCAUCUGUUUGUUAGCAAGUACAAGCAGAUCGUAGAGCUUGUUAUAGAUGUUGGAUACACGUUUGAU